GAUAUCGUUUCUCUUCUCUAUUUCUUUAUUCGGCAGGUUACCCCUAUUUCUCCCGUAUUUAGUGCAAUAUUGCUGCUAGACUCAAUAAAUUGGACCCUCAUAUGGUGAAGUGGACAGAAGCCCAGCUGGAAGCCCAGCUGAAGCCCAGCCUGUGACAGGAGGAUUUCCGUUUUGGGUUAGCUCUACCAUUUGUGGACCUUUCUACUAUCUGCCUCAGGCUAGUAGAUACAACUACCUGCAACUUAUCCAUCCAUCUCCAACUUCCACAAUUCAGACACCCCCCGUCUACUCCCCUUCAAUGGCAUCCACACCUACCCCGCAAACCCCCCGUCUAACCCAGCGAGCCCCGCUCUCCUGCGUGCCCUGCUCCCUGAAAAAGGUCAAGUGCAACAAACGGAUGCCAUGUAGUACAUGCAUCCGGAAAGGAGAAGCCAGCCAGUGUCGUCGGGAGAACGUAUAUCUCACAGGCGGUCGACAGAGACCGGUGUCAGCACUAGCAUUUCGAGAUUACGAAGAGGUUGUUGCCGAGAACUUCCGUCUCCGAGCUGCCCUCUCUCAGAGCCAGGGUGUGUUUCCACAUGCCACGCCCUCCGCAGAGACCCCCGCGGGUACCUCUGCGGCCUUUGUGCCCGACUCCACCCUGUUAGAUUAUCUCUCGGAACUAUUCAACGCUGUUUGUGACUCGGGCCACCCGAACUCAGUCUUCAGUCCGCAGGACAUCCACCUUCCAUCCAGGGAGCUCAGCGAUAGGAUCCUGGCUCAUGCGGGUGCCGAGACGACAUGGCAUCACUUUGCCAUUCAUUACCCCACCUUCAUGGACGAACACGAUCAAUUCUGGCGCUGGUGCUCGAACGGAGGCGAGCACGCUGACUAUGAUCCGCAUUGGCUGGCUAUAUACUUCAGUCUUCUCGCCGAAGUCCUCUACCUCAAGCUCGACGACUGGUGGCCUCAAGACACAGACGCUGCGGGGAGCGAGGCAAUGCUACAUAUCCAGAACUGGUUUGACGCCGCCAUCUUCCUUCUUCAGAAGGCAGAUUUCAUCCGCGCCCCUGACAUCCGCUGUGUACAGGCAAUUGCGAUCCUAGGAGACGUGUUCAUCGUCCUAGGCCACCGAUCCUGUUUCUUCAACCUCUGGCCUGUGGCAAUCCGCACCGCGCAGAUGCUGGGGAUCGACAGGGAGGAAAAUCUAGCAAAGCAUCCGCCACUCGAGGCGGAGCUUUACAGGCGUCUCUGGUGGUCUCUGGUGAUCGGAGACUGGCUCAUCGUGCCGUAUCGAACACCACUCGUGCGCAUCGAUGAUUUCAACGUAAACAUGCCCUCCCUCGCCGACGAUGACGAGCUCGCAGAUGUUGGUGGUGUAAUCCCCGCCCGCGCAGAGCCCGAUCCCCGUCCAAUGCAGUACCAGCUGGCACUAAUCGAAGGGGCAAAGAUAUACUACGAGUUCCAGCAGAUGCUCCGGGCCGGAAAGUGGAUGGAAAACGACGCGGUGGCGCUAGUCGCGCGCACGGACGAAAAGAUCGCCAAACUCAUCGCGCAGCUGCCGGCUUUUCUGCGCGCCGAUGGCGACGAAGUGACGGAGGAUGACGAGUUCCGGUACCCCUGGAUGGAGCAGCAGAGGAGCAACAUCUGCUACACGCUGCUCGACGGGCAGAUUGCGUUCUUUUCCACGCUCACUAGCCUCGGGCCCGCUGAGGCCAAUGCUAGAUCGAGGGCGCGAUCUGUCUGUGUGGCGACAAGUAGAACGAUCCUUCAGCUUGCGUUGCAAGGUCGCGAUGACCGGAUCAAGAACUGGUUCACAAUCACGACACUGUUCAUGACCUGCAUCUCUCUCAUCACCCUGCAGCAGGGGGAUGAGGGGCCAGACACUGUCUGGGCUGAUGUGGAGACGGUGUAUAAGGUGUGCGAUAUUCUACGUGCCAAGGGCUCCGAGAAUCGGCUGGCAAGCGCGGCGCUGGAGAUAUUAGAGAGGGCAAUACGGCGGAGGUGGCCGGCCCAUCCCAGGCCCAUACACAUACCAACGUUGUAAAUAUCCAUAGUGGACGUUCCUUUACCCCGGAUUCCUGCCAAGGCACUAUCCAAGCGGCUUAUCUUCAGUGGAGACUCGCCCGGUAUCUGGCCCGAAGGUGGCGUUGGAGUAUGCGGCACGCGAUUCAACCAAUUAAUCUUAUACAACCCUUUUAGUCACCUAUUUAUUGAGUGCAUAUGAUGCCCUGAGGUGAGCUCUAGUCCUCAACCUUUGUCCCCAUCAAGAACAGUGCCAUGGGUCACGACCGCGACGCGAUCGUCCUGCACGUAGGAGACCAUCUGGAGGGGGCAUC